AUGACUAAACCCACUUCUGUUGAUGGUGAUAUUGUGGCAAUGCAAGAAGAGUUGAAUCAAUUUCAAAGAAAUGAUGUCUGGGAUCUGGGAACUACUGUGCCAGUUGCUAGUGUCAGUGCAACCAUGGAUAAGACCGACCAGAGAAAAACCUAUGAGUACAAAUUGAGAGACUCCAAGGUCGAUAAGUCGAGGAAGCUCAGCGAGUGCCUUACCAAAGAUUACAGAGUAGCCUUCAAGCAAGCCUAUGGCAAUCUGUUGAGGGUUUUAAACACCAAGGAAUAUUCAGGGUUGAUAUUCACUUUCGCACAGUUCUAUGACCCUACCUUACACUGCUUCACGUUCCAAGACUUUCUUCUAGCUCCCACACUAGACGAGUUUGCUCAUCUACUACAGUUGCCAGUCAAGAACCAAGCACCCUACAUGAUUGAUGAAGACUUCCCAGAUUCUGCGGAUAUAGUUCAGGCCUUGUGCAUGAAGAAGGAUCUAGUCGAGGCCACUCUCCGAGUCAAGGGUAACACGCAGGGCCUACCGUCCAAAUUCCUAUUCGAGAAUGCCACGAUGUUUGCCAACAGUGGAAGUUGGGACGCAUUUUACGCCAGCUUUGCAUUACUCAUCUAUGGAUUGGUGUUAUUCCCGAAUGUUGAAAGUUUCAUUGACAAGACCGCUAUCACCAUAUUCAUCUCCCAGAACCCGGUUUCUACCUUACUAGCUGAUGUAUUCUUCUCCUUCCAUUGGAGAAAUAUGAAGAAAGGGGGAACCAUCACUUGUUGUAUGCCUUUGCUUCAGAAAUGGAUUGUGUCCCAUCUCCCAAAGAAAGGGCCGUUUGUUGAUAAUGUCGGUGAUCUGAAAUGGUCGCAAAGGUUGAUGUCAUUAGAUGCUGAGGACGUCAUCUGGUUUAGUCUUGAUUACUUGAGAGUGGAGUUGAUAUUCCGAUGUGGGGAGUUCCCAAACGUCCCUCUCCAUAAAGUCGAUAGAAAACAAAAUGCUUACACUCGCCGUUUUGCUGCAGCAACAACGACGACUCGUCAUCGGUACUACACACGUUCCAGCAAAUAUAAGAUCAUGGCCGAAUAUGAAGCCGACAACGCUGUUGUCCGUGAAUCUCUUGCCCAUAUGUAA